AUGGGAAUAACUUUCCCCUGCCAGAUCAACAAGUGUCCUCAGUAUACCGCGAGCUAUUGUCUACUACCACUACCCAGCGAUACGAAGAUUCCAAGGCCGAUACUACGACGAACAAUACUCUUCAAAGGCUUAUCAUUAAUUUCAUUUUAUGCCUCUUGUCUGCUUUUUUAUCUCGCCAGAGUACAUCUCCCCAGUCGAGACUCUCUAGCCGCUUGCUUUGUCUCCAAGAAUGUUCCAUUCGUAGUCGAGAGCUCUGAGGGGUGGAAUCACAAAGUCAUUCCUUGGAAUGUCCGCUUGAACUACACGCCCGUCGCGAUAGCAAUACCGCAAUCCGCUGACCAGAUCAAAGCUGCAGUGUCUUGUGGCAUCAGAAGCGGUUUGCGAGUCAGCGCCAAGAGCGGCGGCCACAGUUUCGGUUCUUAUGGCUUGGGGGGUGAGGAUGGGCAUCUGGUGAUUGAACUGGACCGGAUGGAUAGGAUUACCCUUCACAGAGACGGUACUGCAAGAAUCGAACCUGGUGCUCGGUUAGGGAAUGUUGUGGUGGAACUAUACAAUCAAGGGCGUCGGGCGAUUUCUCAUGGCUCAUGUCCCGGAGUUGGCCUUGCAGGGCAUGUUUUACGUGGUGGCUAUGGGAUUGCCUCACGACUUCAUGGCCUUACGCUUGAUUGGUUAAUUGGUGCAACGGUUGUUCUCGCUGACGGUUCCAGCGCCCAUUGUUCAGCGACCGAGAAUACAGACCUGUUCUGGGCAGUUCGUGGCGCCGGGUCGUCUUUCGGUAUCGUUGCUGAGUUCGAGUUUAGUACUUUCGAAGCACCUAACCAUGUCACUCCAUUUACAAUUGAUCUAUUCUGGAACGAGGCACAAGCGGUCGAGGGAUUCGAAGCCCUCCAAGACUUUGCCAUUUCAGCUCCAAGAGAGCUUAAUCAAUGGCUUUUCAUGGACGGAGCUAGUCAAAGCAUUCAGGGGGUUUAUUUCGGAGACCGCAAUGGCCUCGAUAAGGCAAUUCAGCCCUUCCUCGCACGUAUCAAAGCAAAAGUAUCACAUGCAAGCACAAUGGGAUGGAUUAAGGCACACGAGCAUUUUGCUAACGGUGAAAACCUCAAGCAAACGUAUUCAUAUAACUCGCAUAAAACAUUCUAUGGGACUAGUCUCAUGGCCACUGCUAUUACGAAAAAUCACAUCAAGACAUUUAUGUCUGCCAUCUUUGCUAAUAUCAACGAUACCUCGGCACGCCAUUCGUGGGAUUUUACCGUCGCAUUUCACGGUGGUGGUGCAUCAGCCAUUGCUGAUAUUGAUCCAUCAGCAACAGCAUACGUCCAUCGCGAUAAGCUUCUCCUCUAUCAGUUCUCUGAUAUUGAGACACACGGCCAAUAUCCAGAAGAUGGCUUCGCUGUCCUUCAGCAGUUCAGGAAGAGCGUCACAGAUUCAUUGGAUGAUGGAAAGUGGGGGAUGUACGCUAACUACGUGGACACGCAAAUAGAUGUAGAUACUGCCCAGAAGCUGUAUUGGGGACGCAACCUACUUCGAUUACAGAGUAUUAAAACGAAGCUGGAUCCAAACCAGGUGUUUUGGGACCCUUCAAGCAUUCGUCCUUUACCAUAG